CUUGUGGAAGGAGUCACCUAAAAAGGCCCAGAAUUGUUGGUGGUGAAGAUGCAAGGUCUGGAAAGUGGCCUUGGCAAGUAAGCUUGCAACUGGGUACAUAUGGCCAUAUAUGUGGUGCAUCUAUUAUUUCCAAUAGGUGGUUGGUAUCUGCUGCCCAUUGCUUUCAGGACUCUGAUUCUAUAAGAUACUCAGUAGCAUCUGGCUGGACAGCAUAUAUGGGUAUAAGGAUCAUCAACAAAAACAACAAUUAUGUAGCAAUGAGAUCGAUCAAAAGGAUUAUUGUCCACCCACAGUAUGACCAAUAUAUCUCAGACUAUGAUAUUGCCCUGUUGGAAAUGGAGGCACCAGUAUUCUUCACUGAGCUGGUACAGCCCAUAUGUUUACCAAGCACUCCUAGAGUAUUUAUUUAUGGAAGUGUCUGCUAUGUAACUGGCUGGGGAGCCAUAAAAGAAAAUAGCCAGCUUGCAAAAACACUACAAGAAGCCAAAGUGAAAAUAAUUAACCAAAGUGUUUGUAGCAAGGUUUAUGAUGACCUGAUUACUUCUCGGAUGCUGUGUGCUGGGAGCCUUAAUGGUGGCAUUGAUGCAUGCCAG